ACCAAACCAACCACCUCUUUUCCCACGGCGGCCCCACCCCUCUCCCCCUCCGGUCAGUCUCCGUCCUUCCAGAAGGCCGCCGGAGUAGACGCGCUCCGGCCACUCCCCCUCAGAUCCCGCCGCCGCGCCCCAGCCCCCAUUGCCGCGGGGUUGCACCGGACUUGCUUUUAUCAUAUGACCGGCAACAUGUUUCCUCAGUGAUAUCCAGGCAUGAUUUGGGUAUUGUUCAUAAUGCAGUUGGCUUCACAUGGCACCCGAGAUGACGAAGGGACACAGCUGGUGCCCCUUUGUGACCAGGAAGCAACGUCAGAUUCGCAGGAGAUAUUUUCGCAAUCUGACACCGCAGGAAGCUCCACCGAGUAUCUGGGCUCAUGUGAAAUCAAGCCAUUGAUUGUUGAGGAUGAAAACCACAAUAUCGAUGCGGAUGAAGAUACCCAUCUUGUCAUUCAAGACUUUCCACAAUGCCGGAUUUGCCUUGAUAAUGAAGGUGAUGACUUAAUUGCACCAUGCAAUUGCAAGGGCACACAAAAGUAUGUCCAUAGGUCCUGUCUUGAUAACUGGAGAUCAACAAAGGAAGGUUUUGCAUUUUCACAUUGCACUGAGUGUCGGGCAGCAUUCUUACUUCGUGCAAAUGUUCCUCCAGAUCGAUGGUGGUUAAGGCUCAAGUUUCAACUUCUGGUUGCUAGAGAUCACACAUUGAUCUUUUUCAUUGUACAACUGGUUGUUGUUUUAUUGGGUAUGCUGGUAUACAGAUUUUAUGGAGAUGAGCUGCGAGAAAUGUUUGGCUAUGAACAGCAUCCUUAUGCUUUUUAUGCAUUGGCAAUACUGGCUGUUAUUUUGGUUGGUUUGCUAUAUGGAUUCUUCAUAGCUAUAAUAUGUGGACAGAGGAUCACCGAACGGCACUACCAUGUUCUUGCAAAGCAAGAGUUAACCAAGGAGUAUAUCGUAGAGGAUCUUGAAGGAGCUGAUCCAGUGGCAGACCUUGAUCCUAGCCAUGUCACGGAGCUGAGGACGCUGGGACUCUAUUGAGCAUAGCCGCAUAUAGCAUCAGGUUGGCAGUUUAAGUUGCUGUUGAUUUACAGCAUUCUCUUAGUUGUUAUGGGUGCACUCUCUACUUGUCUAGAAAUCACUCUCUACAGCUUGUAGAAGUAUAUGUAACGGCUCGUACAAAAAACUGCAAGAAACAUCCCCUUCCACGGUUCAAAUUUCAUAAUGGCCAUUCCAUUAUCACGCCAAAAAUGCCCCCUUUUCUCUAUCAUUUCGUAAGCAGCUAGUACCGGGUUUCCAUAUCCCUUCCAGACCGCAAGGCUUCCGGAAAUCCUGUGCUCUGGUCGCUCCGUGCUGCGUCGUCGUGUAAUUUCAUUUGGGCUGAGCUGGGUGAUUCCUCCAAUCAAAUGGCAACGCCACUCUAUGCAUGGAUCCCAUCCAUCCAUCUCUCCUUUUUCUUUUGUCCCUAAGGUUCUGAUCCCUCUCUCUAGAUCUUUCUGGUAUCCCCUCGGUUUAUUCCUCGUGCUCACUUUUUCGAUUGGCGCCUGUCAUCGCCCCUAUUUUGCCCGGCCGCUGCUGCAAAGCUCCAUGGGCGAAGGAAAAUUCUGCUGCACCAUUGCUGUGCUGGAGGCCGGCCAGCACAGCCAUCACAGGCGAGACAUGUCACCGUCUCCCCGGCCCACCAUUUCUUCAAUUUAGAAGAAGGGUCAGUACAUGCUUUAAGUGAUCAUGUUCAGGUCGGUUCUAAAGUGAUCUAUUGCCGUCACGCGUGGGCAUUCUGUUGUUCUUGUUGGUCUUUCGUGCUUGACCGACGAGUGAUAUCUAAGGUUUUCACUGUUUUGUACUGCUACCAUGUGGUUUUGCCCAGCUGCAUCGGGCGUCCAAGAAAUGAGAUGCUCUAGCAAAGACCACUCCUACCCUUUUUUUUUUGGUUUGAGCGGUACUCCUAGCUGUACCAUGUGCUGUGUACUAGCCAGGCCUUAUUUUUGUGUCCGUAUUACAACUAAACUCGGCUGAUGACAAAGGGCCCAGUAGCUCGCGUGUGGGCGGCGUAUGGGGCUCCCGUAACGCCAUCUCGGCGGUACGCGGAAGGAAGCUGGGCCCAUUUUCUGGGCCUCUCCCCUUAGGAGUUUACACCUAAAAUGGGCCCAGUGGCUCGUGCGGGCGGCCUAUUGGGCUUUGAUAACGCCAGCCCGGCUCUCUGGUUCCGCAAGAAACUAGGGUUAAAGGGCACCACUAUAUAACCCGCCACAUGCCCUCCCCUUCCAGCACCACAAGCCGCCGCCGCGACGGGGCGAGGCCGCAAGAUGUGUUUCCUCGCUCGCCGCCGCCUCGUUUCUUCUUCCCCGAGUUUCCCCUCGCGUUUCGAUCAAAUAUUCGAUCUUUCUUUGUUUUGGGGGCCUGUGAUGUGAACAAUUUGUCCGUACCAUCUGACAUCUCUGAUGAUCCACAUUUGCUAAUGUAUCUCUGAGGUCCCCCUU